CAGAUGUGGAUGAGUGUCUGCAGGGCCGCUGUGAGCAGGUCUGCGUGAACUCCCCGGGAAGCUACACCUGCCACUGUGAUGGGCGCGGGGGCCUCAAGCUGUCCCAGGACAUGGACACCUGUGAGGACAUCUUGCCCUGCGUGCCCUUCAGCCUGGCCAAGAGCGUGAAGUCCUUGUACCUGGGCCGGAUGUUCAGUGGGACCCCCGUGAUCCGACUGCGCUUCAAGAGGCUGCAGCCCACCAGGCUCGUAGCCGAAUUUGACUUCCGGACCUUUGACCCCGAGGGCAUCCUCCUCUUUGCUGGAGGCCACCAGGACAGCACCUGGAUCGUGCUGGCCCUGCGAGCCGGCCGGCUGGAGCUGCAGCUGCGCUACAAUGGCGUCGGCCGCGUCACCAGCAGCGGCCCGGUCAUCAACCACGGCAUGUGGCAGACGAUCUCUGUUGAGGAGCUGGCGCGGAAUCUGGUCAUCAAGGUCAACAGGGACGCUGUCAUGAAGAUCGCGGUGGCCGGGGACUUGUUCCAGCCGGAGCGAGGACUGUAUCAUCUGAACCUCACAGUGGGAGGCAUUCCCUUCCAUGAGAAGGACCUCGUGCAGCCUAUAAACCCUCGUCUGGAUGGCUGUAUGAGGAGCUGGAACUGGCUGAAUGGAGAAGACACCACCAUCCAAGAAACAGUGAAAGCGAACACGAAAAUGCAGUGCUUCUCGGUGACAGAGAGAGGCUCCUUUUACCCGGGGAGUGGCUUUGCCUUCUACAGCCUGGACUACAGUAAGUCUUGGCUCUUCCCGUUGGGGUGGCUGUGGCUGCACCUUCAGGCAUACACUGAGAGGAAGCAGAUGCCUCAGAUGGCAGUGUCAGGACAAGCUGAGGCUCCUCCGGUUCCAGGGCAGGGCGGGGUGGGCAGAGGUGUGCGCAGAGGCCCACCUCUCAGGAUGGCUGUGCAGGUCACUCAGUUCAGAGUCAGCCAGUGAAGAAGAAUGACAGAGAUGUGCCGAGAAGAUGCUUGCUGGGCCGGUGCUGGGAGGCCGGGGAGGCUGGGAGGCCCUAGAGGGUCCUUUGCAGAAAGUCCUGAGACAGCACCAGCCUUAGGACUUGUCCAGAGGCACAUGGAAGCUCUCAGUAACGUGGUGGACACUGCGGUCACCGAUGACCCGGUGAGACAUCUACAACAGGGGGUGUCUAAAAACAGCAGUGAAGCUACCUGGGGGACAGUGAACCCAGGCCUGAAAAAGGAGGAC